AUGGACGACGAGAAAGAGGAGGAGGAGGACGAUGUGGUAUUUUCCUCCCGUCUGAAAUCUGUCCUCCUGAACGCGCCGAAAGAACUCUCGCGCGCGAUGUUCGACUUUGCAUCAUCAUCCGCAAAAUUCGCUUUGACGACGACGACGACGAAGACGCGCGCGAGAAGAAUCAUCAUCGAAUCGCACGACGAAGAAGAAGAAGAGAACGAAGAAGAAGAAGAAGAACGAGGAGGAAAAGGAGUUAUGCUGCUGCGAGAGCGGUUGCAACCGUUUAUUACGUCAUCGAGCGACGACGCGGAGGAGAGAAGAACGAGUGCGUGGUUUUUGGAACAGUUGAACGAACGAGUGGUGAAACGAGUUCUCGUCGAGAUGACGACGUCGAUGGUUUCGAAGAAGGAAAACAAUCUCGAAGAAGAAGAAGAAGACUGGUUUGAAGCCGUCGUCGAAAAGGUGGUUGAAAGCAGUUUCGCGUUCACGACGAAGAAGGAAGAAGAGGAGGACGAGGAGGACGAAAAGAAGGCUCGCGUACGAUUGAAAAAAAUUCUUCGUUCUCGGGCGAAAGAAUGGUUCGAGAAGACAAUGACUUUGACGAAUUCGUCGCAAACGCGAGAAGGAAGGAAGAGGCGUCUUCGAGUCGGAACGCCGAGAUUGGUGGAGUACGAUUGGACGGCGUACGCGACGAGAGCGAGCUCGUCGCUGGAGUCCCUCACUUUGAACGCGUCCUCCGCCUCGUCCGUCUCCUCUGCCUCUCGCCUCCGCCUUUCGCUUCGCGUAUCGAAAGAAGAGGAAGAAGAAGAAGAAGAACACCAACACCAUCGCUUAGACUUAGACUUAGAUUCGCUCUCCGUGCUCGUCGACGCUUUGCGAGAUGCCAAAGUUGCCGUCGUCGCCGCUUCCGGCGGCAACAUGUAG